CAGCGAAGUCUCCACGAUAACAUUAUUCCAAUUAACUCAUCAAUUCCAUCCUCACCACCAUCACAAAACCCUCCCUCCAGUCAAACUCCCAAAACACAACUUCAAUCCCAAUUGUUGUAUAUGAUAAUCCUCCAUUCGAUCAACAAUUCAUAAUGGGCAAAGGAGCCGGGUGUUGCCCGAGCAAAAACAGAGCACCCUCUGUUAUUCAAUCAGAACCUGAUCCAAUUCAAACUCCAGAAACCCAUUCCGAUCACUCAAUUCCAAUCGAACCGGUUGUCGAACCCCGAAAACUGAGAAUAUUCAUAGUGUUUUAUUCAAUGUACGGGCAUGUUGAGAGUCUAGCAAGGAAUAUAAAGACAGGAGUUGAGGAAAUUGAUGGGGUUGAAGGGGUGUUAUUUCGGGUGCCGGAAACGUUGUCGUUUGAGACUUUGACGGCGAUGAAGGUUCCGGUGAAAGGUGAUGAUGUGCCGGAGAUAUUGCCGGAGGAAUUGGUGGAGGCUGAUGGGUUGUUGUUUGGGUUUCCGACGAGGUUCGGGUGUAUGUCGAGUCAAAUGAAGGCGUUUUUCGAUUCGACUGGUGGGUUGUGGCGGGAGCAGAAGCUUGCCGGAGUUCCGGCCGGUUUUUUUGUUAGUACCGGGACGCAAGGAGGUGGUCAAGAAACUACGGCAUGGACGGCGAUUACACAAUUAGCGCACCACGGGAUGCUAUAUGUUCCAAUCGGGUAUACAUUUGGGGCCGGAAUGUUCAAAAUGGACUCGAUCCGAGGUGGUUCCCCGUACGGCGCUGGAGUAUAUUCGGGGGACGGGACUAGAGAGCCGAGUCAAAGAGAACUUGAACUUGCGCAACACCAGGGUAAAUAUAUGGCCAUGAUCGUCAAAAGAUUUGGGUCUCACCCAACAUAAUGAAGAAAAGACUAAUAUGGAAAAUGUACAUCUUUUAGUACACAAGAUAUAAGUUUUACUACAAAUAUUUAAUUAUUGUUUUGGAAAACGGGUUAGUGAUGUAAAAGUAAAACCCUUUCCAAUUGCCAUUUAUUUGUCACCCAAUUUGUUGAUUUUGUGUGUGUGUUGAUAAGAACAUUCCAUAAAAUAGAAGAGUCGUAUCAUGUAUUUUUUAUUUUUUUUCUUUUAUUAUACUUGUAAUUUUUUA